AAUCACGCCCCUUAAACGAUUGUGUUACUGGCUGCUUUAGUCGGCACCAUGAGGUUCCAUUUCUCCGAAGUUGUGUCUAUUCUCUCUGGCGUGACACUUGCAUUCGCUGCGGGUCUUGAUUUGGCACAAUCCCCCGAUCCAAGCACAACCAGGAACAACCUUCUGCAAUGCGUGAGGGGUGCCUUGAACGAAUACUUGAGGGAUUAUCGGAUCGUGACUCCAGAUAGGAAGGAGUACGAGACUGUCUCGACUGGCGUCAUCUUGGCCCGCCAAUACCCAGCAGUGGUAACAUACCCUAUUGAGAUUGACGAAGUAGUGAAGCUUGUCAAGUGUGGCUAUGACAAUGGAUACACGGUUUCACCGCGGUCUGGAGCUCAUCACUUCGAGAAUUGGUCCGCGCUCAAUGGAACAUUGGUUAUCGAUAUCUCGCAUAUUGACCAUGUUCAACCCUCGUCUGAUUUAAAUACAGCGGUUGUGGGCGCAGGUGCAAGACUAGGCACUGUUUACAGCAUCCUGGGCAAGUACGGCCGCACCUGGAUUGCCGGGAUCUGUCCAUCUGUUGGCUUGGGUGGAUAUAUCAGUGUGGGAGGGUAUAAUAUGCAAAUGCGCAAGUACGGUCUCGCGGUCGAUUGGAUGGAGUCAGCUAAGGUUGUUUUGGCCAAUGGGACCAUCGUCACUGCAUCAGAGACAGAGAACCAGGAUCUCUGGUGGGCUAUGAGAGGAGGUGGCACAUUCGGCCUCACCGUGGAAGCUGUACUGAAGCUCACAACUAUACCUCGGUCGGCUAUGCUGUCAAUGAACGCCCCUAAGGAAUCUCGACUUGAGGUUCUGAAAAGAUUCAUCAACUGGGCGCCGGCACAGGACCCUCUGUUCAAUUCUCAGCUAAACCUGUACGGCGACCAUGCCAAUAUCCUGGGCUGGUAUAUCGGAGAGUCGAAGGGCAACCUGGAUGCCCUCAUGCAUGAGUCUGGACUUCUUGCUGUUCCAGGCGCACAAUUUAACAUUACUGGAAACUGCAGUACUGAAAAUUCGCGUAACUUCUGGGUGUACACACAGCAAACCUGUACGGAUGACGAGACGGCCCACGCACUGAGCAACCUUCUUUAUAACGUUGUACCGGAUGACAUUGUGCCUAUCAACAAUGUUUCAUACAGCUUUGACGACACACCUGCUCUCCCGGAUGAGCCUCAAGCAAUGCUCUGGCCUCAUCUGGGAGUCGUGGAGAAGACUUACAUCCAGAAGCUUGGUGAUUCCGGCCUCAGCGAUGAGGACCUGCAAUGGAUAAUUGAGAGAACCGGACAGUUGCCAGCCGAGUUGGGUGUCUGGGCUGAAAUCACCACGUUUAACAUGUCUAGCGCUCCCCCGUCAACCAGCGCAUUUCCUUGGUUUCGGGAUGCGGAGAUCAUGUUUCGCGUUGAAGUUAACAAGGUUGAGGACGAGGAGGUGAUGCAGCAAGGACAGCAAUUCAUUGAUGAGCUGGACCAGCUCAUGCUUGCGAAAUUAGGAAGCGCCUCUUACGCGGGUUAUAUUGAUGCCAAAAUCCAGGUCGACCCUCACUACGCAUAUUGGGGUACGAAUGUCGAUCGUCUGGCUGAGGUGAAGGCUGCAUAUGACGAGAGUGACUUGUUCAGCAAUCCCUUCUCUAUUCGACCCAAGGCCUAGAUAGAUAGUGACUGCGGCUGACAGACAGGCCGCGCCAUGUGUGGGUGCGGUGCCAUGUUCGAAACUGGUCAUUGACGGACGGCAUGCUGAAUAGACCGGAUGAGUGUCUGCACAUGUGGG